GCUCGCCUUCUAUUUUUAUAAGCAUGUACUAAUCAAACUCCAUCUGAGGAGGAUUGACAUCAAAGACGUUCUUGAGCUUUGAAAGGAAUUGAUUCUGAUGCUUAUUGAUAUUGCCAUGCUUGACUUCACAGUGUGUGGUUACCAGAGGGAUAAGGGCAGACAACGACAAUCAAACAAGUUCUCUAAAUCUUCACAUUCCCAUUAUAAAUCCCUCAGUGGCUCUCAAUAGGACAAAGCUACUUUAAUGUGCUUUGGAGGAUCCCAGCCUUGAAGUGAAAUAAGGACAAAUCAGGCACACGUACGCACUGGUGACAGCAUCUGGACCAGUUUCUAGGCCUAGAAGUGCUGGAAACGUAAAUCAAAAUGGACCUUCAACAGCUAUUCCGAUCAAUCCAGGAGUCCAAAUCAGCAUUUAGAAAUGAUCCUCAGCAGUAAUCCUAGCAUAAGCCCUAACCUCAAACCCUUGCAUUACCUCUUUUAAAAGUGACAAACAGCCUUAAAAUCUUCACACAAGUAACCGAAGAGAACAACAAAGCUGACACUCAGAGGAGACACUUGUAUUCAAAGAGAAGCUCACAGGCACUCGAGGAGACACAGAGAGAGCCGCAGAAUUAAACACCCAGAUGGACAUUUUGACACGGAGCUUUAAACUUACUGUCAACAGUGGAAUCUAACGCUCAACAGUGGAAUCUACAAUGAACAAACACAGACCACACAGACUAAACACAGACUCACACCAGUCCCAAACACUCCACAAAUGACCAGCCACCAAAGAAUCGUGAGUCUGGAGGGCCGAGCAGUGCAUUUGGCCACCUUGGUGCAGGAGGCUGAGCAACGGGUGUCGGAGCUUCAGGCCCAGGUUCGUAGCGAGGGUCCCGGAGAGCGUGAGGGAUCGGACAGGGAGCGGCAGCUGAAGGCCUGGGAGUGGAGGCUCCGGCUUUUCCGACGAAUGCAGACAGGCUUUGAGCAUGCAAACCCUCCAGAUGCUCCUAGUGUAGUUCGCCUGUCUGUCAGCAGCAGCACCAGUCUGAGGGUUGACUUCCAGGAACCUCUCUGCGUCAACUCUGCUGUGGUUACCAAAUACAAAGUGAGCUGGAGUUGUGCUCCUUCCUUCAGUCCUUUGCUGGGUGAGAUGGUGGUGGAGGACACCACGAUGCUACAGUGCAACAUCUCUGGACUCACGUCUGGGACCUACUACUAUGUCCAGGUGUCAGCCUACAACAUGAAGGGCUGGGGGCCUCCACUAGUUUCCACCCCUGCCUGCGCUGCACCUUCCAGUUGGAGGGAUAUCGAUGGUCGUGCUCCCCGUCAGAGAGGCCAGAAGGAGGUGCUAGACCAGCUACUCGGCCAGAUAAAAGAAGCUCAUCGCCACUGUGUCUGCCAUGAACAGUGCAAAGCUCCACCACAAGGCAGGAAGCACUCAGUAUCCAAAAGCCUGCGCCACCUCUUUCAACCCACCAGCAAAUUUGUUAAAAGCUUGAAAAGAGGACUCUAUUUGACAUCCAUAUUCUACAGAGAUGAUAAUAUCUUGGUGACUCCAGAGGACCAGAUUCCUAUUGUGGAGGUUGAAGAUUCCUACUCCAGCUCCCUCAUGCAGGACUUCCUCUGGUUUACCAAGGUAUCCUACUUAUGGGAGGAGAUUCCCUGGCUGCAACAGUGUCUCAGUCCCUCCCAGUCGUCCUGUUCCUGUACUCUGCAGACACGCCUCAAGAUGCUGCAAGCUGUCUCCCAUCUACAGGGAAUGCUGGGAACCCAGGACAUAGGUCAGGUGUAUUUUGAGCCAAUCAAAGACAAGCACGGUAACGCCCUGCUGGUGCUCCUGAAGGACAUGAGCGCCUGUCCAAACCUGGAUGGGGUGCGCUGGACGCAGCUUUGCAAACUCCAGCUACAACGCAAGUCCAUCUCAUCCCCAGAGGAGCCCACUGCCUUGGACAUGCUUCUCAUCACACUGCACGAGAAGCUGGCAUAUCACAGGCGGAGCAGGAAGCUGUUGUCCCCAGGCUUAUACCUGGGCUACUUGAAGCUGUGUACAUCAGUGGAGCAGAUCAGAGCGCUGGUACCCCAGAAACUCCCCAGUGUCCUCUGUCAUACCAAGAUUCGGGACAACAGCAACGUCUCCAGAGAGGAGUGGCAGUGGCUGCAGGCCCUCAGCUCUCUGGAGGAGUCGUUGGAAAUGGACCAUGAUGUACAGAGUGCUCCACAUUGCCUCCUACAGGACCUGCGCAGUGCUAUCAAGGACCUAAUGGCCCACAUCAAUGUCCCUGGCAAUCAGGUGCAGGAUUUCAGAAUAUACAGCCAGGAAGUGGUGGAGUUUGGGGAGAAAGUGUCCUUCCUGCUCCUCCUGCCACCCUCAGAUGAAGUCUGCACAGCUCCUGGUCAGAAUAACCCUUACUCCCCCCGCUCUGGCUUUCUCACACUACCCCUGCAGAUCUUUGAACUGAUCCAUUUUAACGCCUAUUGCCCCAGUUUCAUCGGCCAGUACUGCAGGGUGUCAGCUUUGCUGGAGCUGGAGUCCCUCAUGUCCCAACAGACACUAAGGGAGGCUUUCUCUGAGGCUGAGCUUCUUGCUGCUAAGAAGAAACACCAGCAGGUCCAAGAGCACAUGCAGCAAAUGGAGGAGGUAUGGCGUGAUGCGAGAUGGAUCAUGGACGCCUUGCAGUAUGCCCGCUACAAGCAGCCAACGGGAGGCAUCUCCAUAAGCUGGAUAAUCGACUUUUCCAAGGAAGUGAUGCCAGACAAACCUCCCUCCACUUCUUCCCAACCAGACUUUAUGCCCUCCCCCAUGCCUUCACCUGAACCCUGCCGCAAACACUCAGAUUUUGCUGGCUUGUCAGACGAGGAGGGCUCCUCUGAAGUCUUCCUCACCACCGACAGUGACUAUGACUCCAGCCGUGCCCAGAGCCCCCGCGAGCUGGACCUCCUGCCCCCCUCACCCCUCUCAUCCUCCGCGCCGCUGGAGCCUCGUGGCUUCCUGCGUAGUGACGGGAGCAGCUCAGGAGGAGGGAUGUGUCUCAGCGGGGGUGGACGUGGAGGGGGAGCACUAAGGGACUCCACGCCAGACGUCCUCCAGGCUUCCGAGCCACAGCAUGGGAGGGAAGUCGAAAGGUGCGGAGGAGGGGGAGGAGUUCGAUGCGGAGGGGAAAGGCGGAGGGGUGCGCCGGAGCUGUUUGACAGUGACUUCAUCUUGCCCAGCAGGCAGAUUGAGCUUUUACACAUCACAGAGAAGAGACAGGCCUUCUGUGUGAGAACCAGCAGCCUGGAGUUCCCUUCUGCCACCUCAGCCCACCACCAGCCUUACUCCUACCACACCACCUGCCCCUCGCCCUCCACCUCACCACAGCGAAGGUGGCACCGGCCCUCGUCAGUGGACCGCUGUUGCUCAGCUGAGCGCUGCCUACCACAACUUCCGCCAGCACGUACAUUAUCAGAGGACAGCGGCACCCAGAGGCUCUCCUCACCAUCACCUGCUGCCCUCAGGAAAGGCUGUCACACCACACUCAGAGUGUACCCACAGUACCGCACAGGCCUGCCAAAGGAGACCAGUGUUAAGCUUUGUGUAACUCGAGGCACGUCGGCGCGAGAGAUGGUCCAGCUGGUGGUGCAGGAGAUGAACGUUGUGUCUCGGCGCAUGCUGGGCAGCAGCGGAAGCAGUAGUGAACAGGAGAAGUGUGUGUACUACAGUCCUGAACAAUUGAAGCACUUUGGCCUUGUUCUGGUUGUGGACAACAGAGAAAAGUGGCUUCAGGAUGACUUCUGUCCCCUGGAGCUCCAAAACCCCUGGCUUAGGGGCAAGCUGUGCGUUCGUAUUAAGGAGUAUUCACCACUAGCGCUCAAACACAGCCGGGCCACCACAGUGUGACACUUUAAGGAGAGUGAGAGACAAAGAAAUAAUUUAAGAGGUCACUCCUUGUGCAGAUUCUCUUUUGAGAAAUGUGUAUUGAAAUGACUGAACAGUCACCUUAAUCAAAAGUGAACAUUUGUACAAACUGUCCACAGGCUCUUACACUCGCACCUUUUUCUCUCUGACUUGAGGUGUUACUGUCCACAAUUGCAGCUAUGACAUUGUCAUAUUUUCUGUUGCGUUGUUAUCUGAAAUGCUACUCCAAGAAUCUGUUUCCAUGAAAUGUGUUUUCCUCUUUUUUAUGAACAUCAGAGAUCCUCAUAUGGACACCAAAUGAACAAUAACGAAACAGAACAAAGAGAAAGCAGUUUUUUGAGCUGUCAGAAAUCAUUGGGCAAAAGAUUGUGAUGCUGAGCAAGAUUAAUAGAGCGUCUCUUUGACUUCUGGCAUGAUUGACGCCAACACAUCGGGCCGUGCAUGUUGCCAAAACGACAUGGGCAGCAUCAUCGCCUCCCCAGCCACACGCGGGUCACAAGGCUUUUCCUAUGAACUCUCUCAUUGUGUCAUUCCCAAAGAGCUGUCGGCUGCAGCCGCCCGGCCCCAUGUUCCCAGGAUGUGGGCUCUGGACCAGGCCCAGAGGCCAGGAAGGAAGGGAGAAGUACAGAGGGGGGCUGGCGUCUCCGCUUGGGGACGCAAUCGGCCCGAUGAUUUGGCCCGUCAGCCUGUCACUCAACUGCUCCUGGCCACUGUACUGUCUGGAAGAAGCAGCCAAGCAAAGGGAGAGAGUGCUUGACUGAGACUGAGUGAGAGAGGGCGUGGAGGAGGGUGGAGGCUGCAUCUUUUAGAACCUGGCACUGACUCUCUGGUGCUCUUUUUCUCUCUUUUGCAGCAGCAAAUCCUCUGUAUAGUGGACUCAGUCGUAGUGUAGCCAACUAAUACGAUCAUCUCAUCUUGUGAAGUAACACAAAAUAAAACCAGCUAAUUUGGAUUUUCAAAACUGAGAAAAAAAAACAAGCAAUACUUGACUGUUUUUGUUUUUCUAAUCGAAUGCGAAAAAGCAUGUAAACUUUUCAGAGUUGUGCUGAGUACAUCUAAAGUACUGUAGUCAUGCUGUGCUAAAAGUUAACCAGUUCAGUGUUUUUUGUUGUGUUUGGUUCAGUGGUAUUCCCAAAUGCAUCAGAAAAUGGUGCCCGUCAGUCUAGAGCAGCGUUUCCCAAAGGGAUGGGGUGUGAAAGGGAUGACUCAAGUUGUUAAGAGGCCCAACGUUUGUAAGCAAAGUCACGUACCGCAUAUUCCAAACUGUCUCCUAAAAUGCUUCAUAAUAAGUUAAAUAUGAGGGGACUUUACUGCAGGAUGGAUACAAAAAUAUUCAAGCCCGUGUAACCACAAAUUCUGCCUCUAAUAUGUCAAUUACCUCAAUUACCUGAUGCAGGAUGAGCCACAUAAACUGCACAAUAAAUCAUGCCUCUUAAAAACUUAAACCAUCCCUUUCAGCUAAUUUUUGGGAACCUGUGCCAAGUUUUGGUUUCUCUGCUCACACUGCAGUAUACAGUAUAUAAAACCUCGCAACAGUCUUUGAAUUGUUUACAUAAAACUCCACAUCACAUGGACACAGAAACGUCAGGUUGUUGUACUUUAUCUCCUUUUUUUAUAUCAACUCUUUGUCAGCAUAUGAUGACAUACUUUUUUUCCUGCUCUAAAAAGUCAACCAGGCGCAGCAGCGUCAUACCGUUAUAAUAAAUGUAGCACCAGAAAAGUCCACAUGAGGGGAUUUUGUUGAGUGAAGUCUGUGGACCUGGCCUCAGUUACUGUAGCAAUGCAGGCUCACAGGAUGAUGUAGAACCUGUCGCAGGGGGAGUUAACAGCGGUGUCGCUGACAUGACAAAAGUGUUUACAGAGUUUAGUUUCCUUACACCUUCAAAGAUGUGUUUACGUGUAACUACUGUAUAAAAAUGUCUUAAGAGAAACUAAUGUUCUAAGUUGUAAUUGGUUUUACUGAUGGCUUGAACUCUUGUGUUAGCGCUUAGAUGUCUUCUUUAUUUGCAUUGUUUAAAAGCAGUUUUUACAAGGGCCAACUGCAAAAAAAAAAAAAUGAAAAAGAAGAAUCACACACAACCAGAACCGUGUACAUAGACAAAUAAGACCGGGGGUUGAAUGUACUGUAUCUGCCCUAAAUGUGAAAGUAAGUGAGUGUAGGGCUUUCACCACUAUGGAGGUAAAAAGUCAGUGAAGUCACAGGCAGGAGUUUCCCUCAAGAUCGGGCUAAAGGGGAGGAGAGGGGUAUAAAUUCCCUUUCCAGUCAAAAAAUAAAAUAAAGCCCCAUGUUUACAAGGAGCUGUUGGCAGAUCCAUCAGGCGAAGUCAUGAAGGAGACAUCACGUCACUUUUUUAAAAUCUAUUUUUAUUGAACAAUAAAUGAAUAUUACAAAAUAAAAGCCUUGGUUGUUUA